AUGACUUCCAUAAAUGGUGGUCCGAUGUCUGUGGACCUAAGUGCGGGCAAUCGCCAAACCAUGACACCAGAGGCUAUGCCAAGCCAACCCAAUUCCAGACCCUCAACAAUCGGGGCCGACUUUUUCAAGUUCUUCAGCGGCACACAGAAGAAGGUUACUCGAGAUGGUCAACCGGCCAAACGACGUGGUCCCAAACCCGACAGCAAACCCGCCCUUACCAGACGACAGGAACUGAAUCGCCAGGCUCAGAGAACUCAUCGCGAGCGCAAGGAACAAUAUAUACGGGCGUUGGAAACGGAGGUGUCGCGGUUGCGAGAGGCAUACACACAGGAGAUUUCGGCGGCCAACUUGACUGUGGUUCAACACCGGGAUAUGGUGCAGUCGCUGUCGGACGAGAACACCAUCCUGAAAGACAUCCUUACGGCCCAUGGCAUCAACUACGAACCCGAGCUCGAGCGGCGCAAGGCUGAACGACCCACGAUCGGCUAUCAGUCCAGCCCAUUUGCCAGCAGUAGCACGGGAUCGCAGCCCACCGGCGUUGCUCCUUCCAAUCCCUCGACGAACAACAUGUACACCACACCACCGACCACCGUCUCCGCAAGCUUGAGUCCAAUCACCACGGGGAUCGAGCAGAUUGAUGUGUCGUCGAGCGAGAUGUCACCACCGCAAGGACCAUAUCAGGCCGCCCCGUGUGACGCCCUAGCGACGCUCGACCAGAUCGCGCCAGUGAGCCGGGCACCGAGGCACCCAUCGGGCAUCUUUGAGGAGCACCCCCAGCUACAGAUUGACUUUAUUUUGACAUUGGAAUCGCCGUGUCGCGAACAUACCGACUAUCUCUGCCGCCGAUCGAUCACGGAAGCCGAUGACGAGGACAUGCCAUUCUCGGGUCACGCCUUGAUGGCGACCUGCCCGCCGCCCAGUUACAUCGCCAACACCUCGAAUGAACAAACUUAUCCGCAUAAGACCUACGAUCUCCCUCACGCCAACCUGUCGACCCUUCUCAACCUCAGUCGGCAGCUCGUGACGGACGGACAGAUCACGCCUAUCAUGGCGCUGCAGUGUUUGAAGAAUCACGAGCUCUACCGCAGCCUGACCAAGGACGACGUCAAAGUGAUCAUUGAGACGUUGAACACCAAAGUGCGCUGCUACGGCUUUGGCGCGGUGGUGGAAGACUUUGAACUGAUGGACUGCCUGAGCAGUGUUCUCGGAGCCAAGGUCGAGGGCGCCCUUUCCCAUCCCGGUGAUGAGAUGAUGUAUUCGUGA